ACAAACAAAAAUACAAAUGGAUAAUCAAGAUAUGCGUACAAAAACCGAAAGGACAACUCAGAAGCAGCUGCAACAUUAUGUAAUGUUUUGCAAACAGCAUCCUGAGUUGCAACGGGGGAAGCUAACUACGACCAACCCUCAAGGGCUGCAAAUACUUUGGUCGGAGUUAGCAGAUACCUUAAAUGCCUUAAGAGGUCCAACUCGGUCGGCAGCCAAGUGGAGGGAGUCCUUAAUGCAUUGGAAACAUCAGUUGCGAUCACGACCGCGCAAACUUAAGGCGCAUGCGCAAGCGACUGGUGGAGGCCCUCCGAUAAAAGGAAUAACGGAGUUCGAAGAACAAGCCAUUACAACCUUUGGGGCAGCAGCGGUGGAUGGAUUGCCGGGUGUUGGGACUUUGGGUCACCAGGUUUUGCCGCCGUUGUAUUUAAAUACAGAACCAGUCCCCGCUCAAGCACCAGCUUCCUCCCCAACAGUCACAUCGCCUGCUGCAGCUUUUCCUGCUCUCUCAAUCAAUUUUUCUUCCUCACCAUCACCUUCAGAUUUGUCCUCUUCAUCCUUAUCUCCUCCCAUCUUACCUUCUCCUAUGCCAUCGCCUACUUACAUCCCUUCUGAAGGUAAAUUGACUGCAGCGAAGAUGCUUGGAGCAGUGUUAAAAGAAAUGGAGGACCGUGAAAAGCGAGAGGAGGAGGCCAUUGCUCUACAAAAGAAAAUUGUAGAGCAAAACGAGCAGAUGACGGGGGUGCUGAACCAAAUGUCACAGGCACUAACCUCGAUGUCAGAGGUUAUGGUUAAAUUGUGCGAAAAAUUAAAUAAAUAAUAAUAAAAAUAAAAUAUACUGAAUUAUUUAAACACAUGUAUUGUAUUGUGCGCAAAAUGAAAUAAAUAAGUAUAAUACUAAAAUAUAAUGAAUUAUUUAAACAUA